AUGUCGCAACACUUCUCAAAACUCAUGCAAGCCGAAUUCGAGAUGAGCAUGAUUGGAGAGCUGACUCACUUCCUUGGAUUGCAGAUUCGUCAACAAGAUUCAGGUAAAAGUGUAGAUUCAUCUCUAUAUAGAAGCAUGAUAUGUAGUCUUCUUUACCUUUCUGCUAGUAGACCUGACAUUAGUUACAGUGUAGGAGUGUAUGCUAGAUAUCAGGCUAAUCCCAAAGAGUCUCAUAUGACUGCUUUAAAAAGAAUCAUAAAGUAUGUUAAAACCACUGCCGACUUUGGUGUGUGGUAUAACAAGGACACAAAUGAUGUCUUAGCUGGAUAUUCUGAUGCUGAUUAG